UGGAGGCUGUUGCUGACGCCCCGCAUGGCGCUGGCGGCCCGCCCCGAGGUGCUGGCGUUCCGGGUCCCUACGGAGAGCGGCAAGGCCCUGCUGGUCUGGGGACUAGAGGAGGGGGCGGAGCAUUCUCUGUUUUCAGCAUUUUCUGAGUUUGGGUUGCUGUAUUCAGUUCGAGUUCACAGAAAUGCUGCAGUCGCGGGGCCUGGGUAUUAUGCCCUGGUCAAGUUCUAUUCAGCUAGAGAUGCCAGCAGAGCCCAACGUGCGUGCAACAGGCAAAGAUUAUUUCAGAAAUCUCCCUUAAAGGUUUGCAUUUGCACCAGACAGAAGGCCUUUCAGCAGCAAGUCCUUGCUCUGAGGAGUUACAAGUGUAAGGAAUUAGCCAAUUAUUACCUUGGCUUCAAUGGCUGGUCGAACCGGAUCAUUACGCUGCAGAAUAUUUCUGGGUUUGACUUGGAGAAUGAGGAGCUGGGAGGGUUGCCAGAGAGGCAGUGCCUGAAAUACCUAUGCGUUGUGGAAGUAACACUGCCCCAUCAUGGGAUCUGCACCAGAGGACUUGGCAUUGCUGAGGCAUAUGUAGAAAAUGGCCGAGAUCCCCUUGAGUUUGUCAUGAAAACAGGAAAUGUUCAGAAACUUGCAGUUGAGAAAGCUCUGUCGGGUGCAUUUCAGAAGAUACUUCUCAUAGUUUUAGAGAAUGGUAAGGUGGCUGUGGAGUACAACUCUGCCCAAGAGGAACCUAUUGAUUCCUUAACAGACGAGGAGCUGAGAGGUCUUAUUCAGGUCAAUGACUUGUCCUUGGAGCAGCUGAACCUUGAAGAAGAAGAAGAAUUUCUGUCUGAUUUCUGUUUCGAUGAAGGGCACCUGCUGGAGGGGAGACAAUCUAAUUAGUGUGGCUUAAAGUAUUCUGGGAGUUUUACAGUAUUUCAAAUCGUUGCUCAGGAAUGAAAGCAUAAGGCUGUGACAUUGCACAUGCUAAAUAUUUUAGAUGCUUUAUUUCUUUCUGAUUAUACAGUGGUGGAAAUAAAUGGUUCAUCUAUUGUUACUAAAAUAAAGACAGACAAACAUAGCUAAGGAUCCCCUGGUUCAUCCCUUCCUUCAUGGGCCCUGAGAACACCAGGAUUGCCUGCGUUACCUUCAGCAUGGGCAUAACAGCUGCAGCUCUGCAUUAAGAUAGAUUAUAAUCAAAUUUCAUGCUGCAGGGUUUCAGCAGGUCAACCUGUGGGGGUCAGGAAGAUAUUUUUUCCCUCAGUGCACAGUUGGCCAGGUGUAGUCUCUGAGAGAGCAGGUGGAUGCCCUGCCACAGGAAACCUUAAGUAGCUGCAGAAUUUACACACACAGACACCUGUAUGCUCACCUAAGAAACAUUUCUUUAACUAUCAUGUAAUCUACCAAGCCAGUCAGUUGCAAGAUAAAAGCGAUUUUCCUAUGGGCCCUUUCCUUUUUUGGAUUAACCUGCCAUAGUGCCAAACAAAGGCCCUUUUUCACUUAGAAAGUGCAAGUUUUGCAUUACAUUGACAUUAAACUGCAGCAUGAGGCUUCCUGUAUUAAACAAGUGAGCUUCAGAGAUGCAGGUUAUUUGGUGUUAUAACAGAUUCCCCAAAUCAUAGAAGUGUAAGACUGGAAGGGACCUCAAGAGGUCAUCUAGUCCAGUCCCUGCACUCAUGGCAGGACUAAGUAUUAGCUAGACCAUCCCUGACAGGUGUUUGUCUAACGUGCUCCUAACCUGCUCUUAAAAAUCUCCAAUGAUGGAGAUUCCACAACCUCCCUAGGCAAUUUAUUCCAGUGCUUAACCACCCUGACAGGAAAUUUUUCCUAAUGUCCAACCUAAACCUUCCUUGCUGCAAUUUAAGCCCAUUGCUUCUUGUCCUAUCCUCAAAAGUUAAGGAGGACAAUUUUUCACCCUCCUCCUUGUUACAACUUUUUAGGUACUUUAAAACUCAUCACGUCCCCUCCUCUCAGUCCUCUCUUCUCCAGACUAGACAAACCUAUUUUUUCCAAUCUUUCCUCAUAGGUCAUGUUUUCUAGACCUUUAAUCAUUCUUGUUGCUCUCUGCCAGAUUUUCUCCAGUGUGUCCACAUAUUUCCUGAAAUUGUUGAGGCCUUAUCAGUGCAGAGUAGAGCAGAAGAAUUACUUCUCAUGUCUUGCUUACAACAUUCCUGCUGAUACAUCCUAGAGUGAUGUUUGCUUUUUAUGCAACAGUGGUACACUUGACUCAGUUCGCUUGUGAUCCACUAUGACUUCCAGAUCCCUUUCUGCACAGCACUGCUUCCUAGGCAGUCAUUGCCCAUUUUGUAUGUGUGCAGCUGAUUGUUCCUUCCUAAGUGGAGCACUUUGCAUUUGUCUGUAUUGAAUUGCAUCCUAUUGACUUUAGGCCAUUUCUCCAGUUUGUCCAGAUCAUUUUGAAUUUUAAUCCUAUCCUCCAAAGCACUUGUGUCAUAACUAUAAAGGGAAGGGUAACAGCCCUCCUGUGUACAAUACUAUAAAAUCCCUCCUGGCCAGAGACUUCAAAAUCCUUUUACCUGUAAAGGGUUAAGAAGCUCAGGUAACCUGACUGACACCUGACCCAAAGGACCAAUAAGGGGACAAGAUACUUUCAAAUCUUGGUGGGGGGAAGGCUUUUGUUUGUGCUCUUUGUUUUUGGGGAGAGUUCGCUCUUGGGACUGAGAGGAGCCAGACAUCAAUCCAGGCUCUCCAAAUCUUUCUGAACAAGUCUCUCAUAUUUCAAACUUGUAAGUAAACAGCCAGGCAAGGCGUGUUAGUUUUAUCUUUGUUUUCUCAACUUGUAAAUGUACCUUUUACUAGGGUGUUUACCUCUGUUUGCUAUAACUUUGAACCCAAGGCUAGAGGGGGGGUCCUCUCGGCUCUUUAAGUUUGAUUACCCUGUAAAGUUAUUUUCCAUCCUGAUUUUACAGAGAUGAUUUUUAUCUUUUUCUUUAAUUAAAAGCCUUCUUUUUAAGAACCUGA